CCAGAGGAAAAGCGUCCAGGUGAUACCGGCUCUGACUGCUUCUGCUGUUGCUGCUGCUGUGAGGAGCCUCAGACUGAAACCAUGGCGGUUAAUAAGUGUGUCAAGAAUCUGCUCUUCUUCUUCAACCUGCUGUUCUGGGUCUGCGGUUGCGUCAUCCUUGGAGUUGGGAUUUACCUGAAAGUCACCAAAGGUGGAAACAAGAUUACAGAUCAAUAUCUUCCUAGUUUCGACCUCAUGAUCGCGAUUGGGGUGAUCAUCAUGGUGAUCGGCUUCCUGGGCUGCUGCGGCGCCUACAAAGAGAGCCGCUGCAUGCUGCUGGUGUUCUUCAUCUUCCUGCUCCUCAUCUUCGUCCUGCUGCUGGCAGCUGGCAUCGUGGCAGCCGUCGGGGGGAACACAGUGAAGGACUGGCUGAAGAAGAAACUGGAGGAAUUCACCCCAAUUUCAUCCCAGAAUCCAGAAGUGAUUGCCGACAUGGAGAAACUGCAGCGUGAGCUCAUGUGUUGUGGACUCAUGAAGGGACCAUCAGACUGGACCAAAAUCCCAGAUUCCUGCAAGUGCAACGCCACUGCUCCAGCUAACGUGUGCAACAGUGGAAUCUAUAAGGAUCCCUGCUACGACAAAAUCAUCAGCUACAUGAAGGACAACAUGGCGGUGGCGUUGGGCAUAGCUUUCGCAGUCGCCGCCAUUCUGCUCUUCGGCAUGGUCUUCUCCAUGAUGCUCUACUGUCAGAUUGGGAGGAAAAGCGCCGUCGACACCGCCUGAGUCGCCUGAGUCGCCUCCAAUCAGCCAGUUCUUUCCUCAUAACUCCUACCCAACAACAGAACUAAUGCAGUUUAUUCUGAGCUUUUAUUGUGAAGGAGCAUAUUACUAUUAAUGCCAGUAUACAUAUCGGUAAGACGUUUCAGGAGCAGGAAAGAUAAAAAAAAUGGUGGUUUGAUUUGCUCAAUAUUUUUUAUGUUUGUGUGAAACUAAGCUAUUAUGUGAAAUUCUUAACAUUCAUCAGUAUAGAACUGUUUGAGUUUUAUUUAAAUAGCUGCCUCAAUAGCUGUUAUUGAUAACACUUCAGCAAAACCAAAGUUAAUUGGAUUUGAAACUUUUUUUUUUUUUUAACUGGGCAGCACCAGACUUCCAUAUAUUGUUGCAUGUGAAUGGUUAUUUCUCAGGAACUUGUACAGUUCUUUAAUUUACUUUUAAAAUCUAUACUGGCUUGUUUUUGAUUGUUUUCAUCCAUCUAACCAUGUAACAUAAAAUGUCAGUUUUCUAUUCAAGAGAAAUAAAGCUACAUUCAAAUAAA